UAAAAUUAAAUAAAGUGAACUUAAUAGACCCCAACCUAUGAAAAUAUUCGUUACAAUCAUAAAAGUGUAAUAUAUGUGUUAUUUUGGCGUAGAUGAGUAUUUUCAACACUAUUCAGAUUGAUAACAAUUGAAUUUACAAAUAAUUCUAAUAAAUGAAGUUUUUGGGCAUUAAAAUGAUUUUUAUAAUCGCAUUGUCCUUAAUGAGAUCGGUUGUUAAUUCGGAAGAAACUAGCGAUUUCAAAAUACCUACUAAUUUCAAACCUGUCAGCUAUGAACUGAACGUGACCACGCACUUGGAGGAUAAAUUCAUAUUUGAAGGAGUAGUUUGUAUUCGUAUGAUAUGCGUAGGAGCUACCGAUACCAUAGUGUUGCAUUCAACCAGUUUGAACAUUGAUACCAAAAGUGUGGUUGUAGCCAACUGUGGUGAAAAUGUCAUCCCAGUGAGCAGUGUGUCUUUUGAUCCAGAUAAAGAACUUAUGCACGUCAAGUCAACCGUAAACUUUAAGCCCUGUGACGAAUACUUGCUGACUAUACCAUUUACCGGAAACCUCACCGACGAUUUAGUAGGUUACUAUAGAAGUAGCUACGUAGACAAGGAAAGCAAUCAAACGAGGUGCGUUAUUAUAAAAAUUUUAAUACAAUGCACAGCACAAGUCAUAAAAAAAUAUAAAUAAAUAUUUUUUGUGAUU